UUGGAAUAUAUUACCCUCAGGAUUACAUCUCAAGGGAAGCGAUGCCAUUAAGACUGAUCGAGAGGAAUAUCUUCCAAGGGCUGGUUUUAGUUGUUUCCAGUUUUUCCUUCUUUCUUUUGUGUCUCUUGUAUAUAUACAUAUAAAUAUAUAUUCAAGUCCUUAUGUCUCCCUUACUCUCAGCUGCUUUCCGUUCUGUCAUUUCCUCCAUUGCUUACUGUUUCUUUCGCUAUCGGGACAACGUCAAAAGCCUCAACAUGCCUAAGGGUCGACAUCUUUCUUUGCAGACUGUGGAGCUCAAAGUUAGGAUGUGCUGCACUGGCUGCGAGAGAGUUGUCAGAAACGCCAUUUCCAAGCUUAGAGGGGUCGAUUCUGUGGGCGUGAACCUGGAGUUAGAAAAGGUGACGGUGGUGGGGUACGUCGAUCGGAACAAGGUGUUGAAGGCGGUAAGGAGGGCCGGAAAAAGGGCAGAAUUUUGGCCGUAUCCAGAUGUGCCUUUGUAUUUCACUACUUCUAAUGAUUAUUGGAAAGACACAACUCAUGAAUUUAAAGAGAGCUACAAUUACUAUCGGCAUGGAUACAAUCUCGGUGACCGACAUGGGUCACUUCCGGCCACCCAUCGGGGAGACGACAAAGUCAGCAACAUGUUCAACGAUGAUAAUGUUAAUGCUUGUUGUCUCAUGUAAUAAUUUAUCUACUAUGUCUAUGUCAACGACUGUGUGCAUAAAUAAUGUUUAUAAUUUUGUGUAUAAAUAAUAAUAUUUUCUUAUA